GUUUUUAUUGUAUAAUUAUAGUGUCUUAUUUAUAAUAUACUCACUCACAUUAUUUCCUCUUUUAAUUAAAUCAAGAAACUCGUUUCGAACUAACGAACAAUGUUUACAUUAUUCUAUAAAUGACAUUUUUACAGAAACAUGUCCCAUGUACCCUCAAGAAACUGAAAGUGAUUUUUCUGUUGCUUUAUUCCCUAAUCCCGAUGUGAUUUCUAAACUUAAUAAUCCAGAUGCUCCAGAAAGGAAUCACGAUGAAUCUAACAAUAAUGGAAAGAUGAUUAAUGUUCUGGAAACGAAUACAUUAAAAGAUAUAGAACAUACGUUUAAACCAGUACAUCCUAAUUCAGUAAAAUUAGAUGAUCAUCAGUUUACUAAAACAAUACAGGGGCAAUCAAGCUCUCAGAAAGGAAAAGAAGAAACAGAGAAACAUAAACCACUAAUGUCAUUUGAAGAAUGGCAAAAAAAGAUUAUGCAAAUAGAAAAUGACAAGGAUCGUCGGCAUAAACGAAAAACGUUAGUAGAAAAAGAAGAAGGAGAGACAGUAAGUGAUAAUAAGCGACAGCACACAGUGGAUAGUAUUGAUGGCGGAUUUUCAGACGAUUUUGGUUCGAUGUUUGAAGAUUUUAUGGGAGGCGUAGGUGGAAAGGAAAAGAGACCUAACGUGUAUGAUGAAGAAGAAUACAUUUCACCGAGCCAUCCAGGAUCAGUUCUUAAUAAUAAAGGCGAUAAGAUGAAUAAAAAGAACAGCAAUACAAAGAAACAACAGUUUGCAUCUGCUCGUAUGAAAUCACUAAAGGAAAGAUUUAAUUAUGCAUCCACAGACUGUGCAGCUACUGUAAGGAAGGCUAAUAAAGAAGCAAAAGGAGCUCAGUCUAUCUUGUAUGAAUCAAAGGAUCAAUAUUUAUUAAAUAAAUGUUCGGCUAAUAAAUUUGUCAUUAUUAACUUGUGUGAACAAAUUGUGAUUGAUACUUUAGUAAUGGCAAACUUUGAAUUCUUCUCAAGUACCUUUAAGGAUUUUCGAGUUUAUGCCUCAUCUACCUAUCCUUCAAAUGAUUGGCGUUUAUUAGGUCAAUGGCAAGCGAGAAAUACAAGAGACCUUCAGGUGUUUAGGAUCCCUGAAAGCGGUUUUGUGGAAUAUAUCAAGAUAGAAUUCCUUACUCAUUAUGGUAAUGAGUAUUAUUGCCCUUUAAGUUUAGUAAGAGUCCAUGGUAUGUCAAUGAUGGAAUAUUAUACAAUGGUUGAAAGUCAAGAUCGAGAUCCAGUAUUAGAAAGUGAACAUUUAUGGCCAGCUGAUGUACGUGAACAGAUUAUUCAACCUCAGUUCGAUAUUACAAACACAUCUGAAUCAUUUCCUGUAAAGAUUGACAAUGAAGAAGAAGAAAAACUCAUUAUUCCUCCUACAGAUAUAGAUAUGAUUGAACCUUCUGAGUCUGAGUCUGUACUAAAUACUGGGGCUGGGGGAGUAAAUGAAAUAUAUCCUGAAUUAAUAGAGAAUGAUGCACCCUCUACACACACAGUAAUGAAUGAAAAUAUAUCAACAGGGUUGGACAGAAAAAUCGAUACUGAAGCUACUCCACAUGAUAGUAAGAGGAUGACUGCAACUACAAUACAGCAGAAUUACGAUAAAGACACUCAACAGGAACUGGUUUCAUCUCACACUCCAUCUCCUUCUAAAGCAAAAAACGAUCUUAACCAUCACCAUGAAGAACAUGGAAAGAGCUCUGAGAAAUUAGUAUCAUCAUCACAAAACACUAGCAUGUCUUUUACUUCAUCUAUAGCAACUCCUUCUGUUAUAAAUAAUGAAUUUGAUCCAUCUAUCAUGUCAAAACAACAUAAACACAAUUCUUCAUCAUCGUCAACAGCAAUCGUGUUACCGUCUUCAUCAUUGACACCACUGCCUUCAACACAACCUUCUCCUCAGUUACCAAAAAUUGUUAUACCUAAUAAUCAUCAAAAGGAAGGCAAUACUCAAGAAUCUAUUUACAAGACAAUUAUGAAAAGAUUGAGUAUAUUAGAGAUCAACAUGACAUUAUCUCAACGAUUUUUAGAUGAUCAAAAUAAAAACCUGAAUGAUGUAUUUAUAGAUAUGGAGAAGAAGCAUCAAGAGCAGUUAAUUAUGCUCAUUGGGCAUUUGAAUGAGACUGCCAGUUAUAAAAUCGAUAGUAUGAAACGUCGUUAUGAACAAUGGUAUGAAGAUUUGAAGGAGCAGACUGAGAAUGAUAUGAGAGAAAUGUCAACUAAAAUAGCUAUUCUAGCAGAUCAAUUAUCAUUCGAAAGAAGAGUCUCAGUUACACAACUUGUAAUUAUGAUAGCACUCUUUGUUUUUAUAGCAUUAUCAAGAGGCACAUUUAAUACGCUUUCCCCAGUUAUGGCUGCACAAUAUGAGGAGAGAAAAAGAAGAGAAUCUGUUGAUCAAUUAUCAAAAGAAACUGUCGAUAGUAAUAAUACGUCAUCGAAUAGCAAUCAAGUAUCCCUUGAUGCUCUCGUUCCUUCAGCCAUAAUAAACGAUACAUCUACACUAACAUAUCAUACAGUAACAGAUGAAACUAAACCCCUCUUAUUAACACAAAAACUGAAUGAAUUACCUAAAAGACCCAUUAAUCCUAGACGAUACAGUGAUAAUAUGUCUUAUGUUAUGAAACAAAAUGAUUUACGCAUACCUACUAUAAAUAGAAAACCUAUUCUCACAUCUACUCAUCGCAGUGAACAUGAUAUAAUCUCCAAACAAAUAAACUUGGACUCAUUGGGUAUAGUAGAAUUUCAGAAUACCAACACCUUACCUCAAAGGAAGCUUGGAAAUACUUUAUCAGAACAACGACAACAAGAAGAAGUAAAUACACAACCCGUAUCGAUGCUAACCAGUAAUUCAAGUCUACAAAGUUUACAACAAAGAGAUGAAAAUACAUUAUUUGCUCAAAAUCUUAAAAGGCCCACCGCAAGUCCACCUUCUGAUUAAAUAAAAUAAUAAUAAUAAUAAAAUACCGUAUUU